AUGCCCGGCCGAUGCGGUCCCCUGUCCGAGGUCGCCGCCCAUUAUGGUUAUUCUAUGUUUAACUCUGAUUGUGUUGGCUGCAUGGAACAGAAAACCAGUAACAGUCAAUGCUCGUCUGGGCAGCUUCAUGACCGGCAGCGUGGCUUCCUGGCUACCAACCGAGUGGCCAGCCCUUGCUGUAUCCGCGGUUUCUGCCAGCGCCUGGCCUGGAGCCCUUCCUACAGGCCCUGCUCCUCAGAGCAUCUUUCUGCUCGCUGGGCGCCCACUCUGCGCCCGGGCUCAGCCCCGGGGGUCAGUGCUCUCACCGCCAUUUCACGAGGAAGGAAACUGAGGCUCCAGAGCGCCCUUCAGCGCUGUGCUCAAGGUCGCAUCACGGGCGGAGUGGCCGAGCUAGGAGUUAAAUCUCCUCUUUAA